AUGAAGGAUUUGAGUAAAGUCGUGGCUAGAGUUAUCGGCAAGCCUGAAUCAUAUGUAAUGAUCUCCGUGAAAACGUCAAUCCCAAUGUGCUUUGCCGGAACGGAAGCUCCUGCAGCCUAUGCCGAAUUGAUUUCAAUCGGCGGGCUGGGUCCAGACACGAAUAAGAAACUCAGUGCUGCAAUUUCUGAGAUUCUUGAAGCCAAGUUAACUGUUCCAACCAAUCGCUUUUACAUCAAGUUUUAUGACGUGAAGAGAUCAGAUUUUGGUUGGAAUGGCUCCACGUUUUGA